AUUUAUUUACCAGUAGGCUUGGCUAGAAAUGUGGCUGGCCUAGUAGCAACAUAAAAAUAAUAGAUAGUUGGCCUACGUAUUAAAUGGUAAAACCGAUGUUGAGCAUGUUUGUAAACAGUGGCGUUGUUCUUCCACAACCACAGGGGCAACUUCCAAGCAGCCAGUAUUUCAAGUGAGAGAAGGAAAUCCUCACGAUACCCAGCCAUGCUUAGGCUACUUGCAUAAUUUUCUUUUCACGUGUAAGGGGGAGUGGAGACAGAGGUAAAUAGGUUCACUGCUCGCACGCUUUAACACGUUCAAGUAGCCAAUCGUGGCGUGAUGUUCCCGCAGCUGCAAACUUGUUCACUUGUGGAAGCCGCAGGAUGAUGAACAUGAACAUGCUGCACCAACUCAAUUAAACUAAUGCGCAGAAGAGUUUCAAACGUCUGGACCAGUUCAUGUCAUUGCAGAAGAGUUGAAUGGGGAAUGUUUGGACCGUGUCUGCGGUUGUUUUAGAAAAUGCGGAGUCACUGACCGGGCCUCACAUCUGCAGAAGGAAUUCCAUGACCAGUGAGUGUGGCGGCAGAGAGGUGCAACGUGUGUUUGGGACUGGGAGUUUUGGAGUUUGAGGGAAAUAAAAGCAGUGGGAAGGACAGACUCCAUGGCACAGGAAAGGAAGAAAGGAGGGGUCCUUCCUCCGGAUGGAGGCUGGGGAUGGAUGAUUGUGGCUGGGUGCUUUGUGGUAACUGUUUGCACAAGAGCUGUUACGAGAUGCAUCUCCAUAUUCUUUGUUGAGUUUCAGAUGCACUUUGCAAGAGAUUACUCUGGGACAGCAUGGAUUCAUUCAUUAGUGGACUGCACAACCAUGCUCUGUGCUCCACUCGGAAGCCUGAUUGGGAAUCGGUUGUCAUGCCGCGUAGCUGUAAUACUAGGAGGAUUCCUGGCCUCAAUAGGACUAGUCCUCAGCUCCUUCGCCACAAGUCUGGAAUAUCUUUACCUUACCCUGGGAGUGGUAACUGGGCUUGGCUUCGCCCUUUGCUAUACUCCAGCUAUUGCCAUGGUCGGGAUCUAUUUCUGUGAGAGGAAGGCUUUGGCCUAUGGCAUUGCCAUGUCUGGCAGUGGCAUCGGGACCUUCAUCCUGGCCCCAGUAGUACAGCUGCUAAUCGAACACUAUUCAUGGCGUGGGGCCCUCCUCAUUUUAGGGGGCUUCGUGUCUAACCUGUGUGUUUGUGGAGCUCUGUUACGGCCCAUCAUUCUAAAGGAAGAGGAGGCCUGUCCUCUUCCAGUGGACUCAGAGUGUGGGUAUAGCAUUAAGCCGCCCGCAGUAAAUGGCGUUCAUACGGGGAAGGCUGCAGGCGAUAAAUUAGAAGUGAAUGCUAAACAGCGCUGCCUUCAGUCCAUGCAAGAAUACAACUUCCUGCUCAUGCCUGACUUUCUGGUGCUGGCAGGCUCUUUCCUGCUGCUGGCCAGUGGGUGCAGUCUGCCGUUUGUGUACCUAGUGCCGUACGCGCUGGAUGUAGGUGUUGGUCAUCAGCAUGCUGCCUUCCUGAUGUCCAUUCUAGGGGUCAUUGACAUCGUUGGAAACAUCACAUUUGGCUGGCUCACUGACAGGAGGUGUCUGAAGAAGUACAGGAAUAUAUGCUACAUGUUUGCAGUGGGAAUGGAGGGACUAUGUUGUCUUUUUAUCCCCCUUUUACACACAUUUGUCUUGCUGGUACCCUUCUCUGUGCUCUAUGGAUACUUUGAUGGAGCUUAUGUUGCCCUUAUUCCUGUGGUAACAUCAGAUGUUGUAGGGACAACAUACCUCUCUUCAGCUCUCGGGGUUGUGUACUUCCUCCACGCUGUUCCCUAUCUGGUCAGCCCACCCAUUGGAGGUUGGUUGGUUGACACCACAGGGACUUACACAGCAACAUUCUUUUUGAGUGGGUUCGCUCUGAUCUCAAGCUCUCUCCUGCUGUUCUCAGUUGCUGUCAUUCGCCAUUGCCGGAGAAACCAAAAGAACAGCCUGAGCAAAGACCCAAAAUUGGUGUCAUGUGAAGGCAGACAAGUGGACUAUUUUACUUCUAAAAAUAAAGACUUGACAAUAAUUAUACCAGCCACUUCCUAGCAUUGGAAUAGCAAUUUUCUUCUUUUUUUUAAUACUACUUAAUCAACUGUAUGACAUACUGUUAUCAUAUAUAGAGUCAUUAAUAAUGUUUAAUUGAGAAAAGAAAUGUUUGUGUAUACAUUUUUUCACAUGCCUUUUGUUGACCUUUUUGUUAAAAUAUUUUAUUGUCAUCUACAGUAGCAGCCUUUAAAGAAAGUGGGUUACAACACACCAAGUCCUCUCUUUUCUCUUUGUUUUGUUUUUUCUGUGGACAGAAUUACAAAUUUAGGUUAUUAUACUUGAAGCUCCAGUUGUAGUACAUUAUUUAAGUCAGGUAGAGGACAGUGCUGAUCCCUUAGAUAUAUGGACAGUCUGAGCUUCUGUAUAAUUCAGAUAUCAAGGUUAGUACAUUUGCUCAUGCUCUGCAAAUGGUUUGUAAAGGUCUGACAUUUUUAUUCAACAAUGCUUUUUUAUGUCAUGAGUUGCUACAACUAAGCAGUUCUUCAAUAAUUCUUUAAAUGAGUUUCUUGAGACUAUUAUGCAAGAGGCUGAAGAUAUAUUGUUUGUAUGGAGGCUACUAGGGCAUGGGACUAAUAUAUAACCUUUAGUAUUUGAUGUUCAACAUUCUAAAUUAAAUGUUUAGUAAUAGUUUUAGGUGUAGUGAAUUUCAUCAGUUUCAUUGGGUUAAAAAAAUGUAACUAUAUAAAACCAUAAAAAGUAUUAUAGGUAAUAUUCCACAUAUAUGUAAUAAUCCACAUAUUUUCAUCUCAUGAUUCUGCAAGUUUAAGUGAUAUUAGUUAAUGGUAAAAACUAUUUUCUUAAUAGCAAUCAAUGCACACAAAAAGCAGGGUUUUUAUUUGUCAAAGCAAUACAGGCUUAUAAACAUGUAGCUGUAAUGUCUGGUGUGUGUUCCUUUUUUUUGUCCUUCUUAGAAGAAAAGGUUCUAUAUAGAACCAUAAAGGGUUCUGUCAGGUGCUUCAUAUAUAGAACCUUUUAUGGGUUCCCCUCAUGGAAUCAUUUUAUGAAAUUAAUUUUAUUUUAUUUCUUCAGUUCAUUUUUUAUUUUAAUGACGUUUUAUGAAUGAAGCAACUUGUAAACAUACUUUAUCACAAGAAAAAUUGAAUAACCUGUUAAACUUGAAAGAAUUAUGCAAUCGUUUAAGACAUUUCUCUAUGGAAUGUCACAUGACGAUACUGAAACUCAAAUGCAUUAAGACACCAUUUCAUUUAACAAUAACAGAGAUUCUCCAUUUUGAACAAAGAUCUGGCAACAUGUUUUUGAUACAUUUUUGUAAUAUUCUGUUUAGAAAGACAACCAACUUAACAGUUUUCCCGACAAGCACAGAAAUAUUCUAAAAGUCAUGAUUCAAUUGGGCACUAAAAUUUAUUUACUGUAAAUAUACGAAAAAUUUGUUCUAGGCCAAACAUUUUUGUUCAAGAAGAAAAGAGGGGACGUGUAAGGGGAUGUGAUCACUUAAAUGGACAAAGUGUGGCCGUGUUUAUGCAAAUUACCAGCUGCAGGGACUCCCUCACUCAUUUAGAACAGUGGUUCUCAAACCUGUCCUGGGGACCCCUCACCACUGCACAUUUUGCAUGUUUCCCUCAUCUACCUGAUUCAACUAAUCAACUAAUUAGUAGAAACUGCAAGAGUUGAAUUGGGUGUGUCUGAUGAGGGAGACAUAAAAAAUGUGCAGCGGUAAGGGGUCCCCAGGACAGGUUUGAGAACCACUGAUUUAGAAUACCCAAAUUCAUCAACAUUUAGAAUGGACUACUUGCACAGCUACUUCCGCUUUCUACUUAUUACGGCUCGAGCGUUUCCGGUCAGCGUUCAGCGCACUUAUAUACAGAGAGCUUCUUGUGAAAACGCAUAUUAUUACUACAUUUUAGGGCUGCGAAAUGUUUUUUAAACAAUUAAUCAUAUUCUCUGCAUAAACAUUAAUUAUCUUCAACCUGCUGAAAUGUUUAUUAAUAUAUUUCCCUUCCAAAUGCGCAUUCUGAAUAAUAAAUAAAUAUAUUUCCCCACUAA